AUGGAUCCCACAUCUCAGCGGAGUCUCGCCCUCUCGCCGGCCAUUGCCGAUGACGAGAGGCUGCAACAAUCUCUUGAGAUAUUCAAUGGGCUAUCUGGAGGAGGAAAAAUUAAGAAUAGGAGAAGGAAAGGAUUGGCCAUAACCACUCUCAACAUCUUCAAGCAGCACCUACACACGUUGGAGACUCCACAGGCAUCAGAUCUCCUCAUUGUAGUGUGCAGGCGAAUUGCUGAGAUUGAGGAGCCAGGCUUUCUCUUUGGUCAGUCGGUGCCGCUUUUGCAAGACGAUCCUAGCGACUAUGCUGAUGCAUCAGGGCGCGACGACGAUCGUGAGGAGCUUAAUGCACCGGACGACGACGAUCUUGAGGAGCUUAGUGCUCCGGGCGACGAUAUCCACGAGGAACCUAAUGCACCGGACGCCGAUAUUGAGGAGUCUAAUGCACCGGGCGCCGUAGUGGAUGUCGUGGAUCUUUUGGAUGAGGUCCCAGAGACGCCGAGACCUCCUGCUAGACGGGAGGCUCCAGAAGGGGGCUACCUGGUAGUUCGCCCCAAGAAGCGGCCAAAGCCGCCACAGGACCUAGAGGGAGAAGAUUUGCGAUCUGCUGCUGAUCAUGUUCUGACGCUGGAUUGGCAUGGUGUGGCAGACAAGAGCCUUGAGGUCACUUCCCGUGUUUUCUCCUCGUGCGCGAGCCGGCCUGAUAUUUUGAUGGCAAUCUUGUCGAAGACGGAAACGCAGCGAUUUAAGGAGGUUACAUUCAGGGAGACUGACCAAAUGGCUCGGGCGCGUGGCAUCACGGUAUUGUGCCUCUUUACACCGCGUGCCGUCGGAAAGGGCGGAAAACUCAAUGCACUUUGGGCGGCGAUUAAUGGCUCCGGCGCGUCUUUUCGAACGAUCACACAUGUUGACGAUCGGGAGGAUAUCGUACGAGACUUUGACCGCUUUAAUGCAUACGGGUGGCGCGGUAUUCAUAUGGCUGCCCGCGAGCGCCGAGAUCUGCACCAGCUUCUGACUGAUCAGGGCGUUCUCUAA